AUGCCAGCAUCAACGACCAGUGACAACGCAGACGAGGAUGACUUCAUUGUUGACAUUGACGGUAUUCAAGCUCACGGCGUUGGAGCGGCUGAUAUCACCAAGUUGAAGAUUAAUGGGUUCUAUACCGUUGCAAUAUUGGGUAUCCAGUCUGUCCAUGGAGCCACACGCAAGACCCUGCUUAAGAUCAAGGGGUUCAGUGAGGUGAAGGUCGAAAAAAUCAAGGAGGCCAUCCAAAAAUGCCAGCCCUCUGCUUCUGGAUUCAUAACCGCCAUGGAACUUGGACAUCAGCGGAAGAGAGUUGUGAAGAUAUCAACAGGUAGUAAGCAAUUUGAUUCAAUCUUAGGGGGGGGAUUCCAGAGUAUGAGCAUCAGCGAGGUAUAUGGCGAGUUCCGCUGCGGCAAAACGCAGCUGUCGCAUACGAUGUCGGUCAUUGCCCAGCUGCCCAAGGACAUGGGUGGUGCUGAAGGGAAAGCCGCCUACAUCGACACUGAGGGCACCUUUCGCCCCGAGAGGAUUGCACAGAUUGCGGAACGAUUUGGUGUUGACCCCGACUCUGCGCUAGAGAACAUUGCGUAUGCUCGUGCACUGAACAGCGAGCACCAGCUGGAGCUGCUCAACACGCUGGCCAAGGAGUUCGCGAGUGGAGAGUACCGAUUGCUUAUCAUUGAUAGCAUCAUGAACUGUUUCCGGGUAGACUACUGUGGCCGCGGUGAGCUUGCGGAUCGACAGCAGAAGCUUAACCAGUUUCUCAUGAAGCUGGCACAUAUGGCGGAAGAGUUCAAUGUUUGCGUGUUGAUGACAAACCAAGUCCAGAGUGAUCCUGGCGCGAGUGCCCUGUUUGCCGGUGCCGACGGCCGCAAACCGGUUGGCGGGCAUAUCCUUGCGCACGCGUCGACGACUCGGGUACUGCUGCGCAAAGGUCGAGGGGACGAACGGGUUGCAAAGAUCCAAGAUUCGCCAGACUGUCCUGAGCGUGAGGCGACAUACGUGAUCACCAACGGCGGCAUUAAUGACCCUGAGAAGGUGUAA